UCUCUUCUGAGGCGGUGACGUGAACGAUUACGUCACACUUGUGAUGCAUGCGCAGUAAGCUCUAAACAAUAUGGCGGCCCCCGUCGACUUGGAGUUGAAAAAGGCUUUUGCAGAACUCCAGGCCAAGGUGAUCGACACCCAGCAGAAGGUGAAACUAGCAGACUUGCAGAUUGAACAGCUGAACCGCAUGAAGAAACAUGCACAUCUGACGGAUUCAGAAAUCGGCUCCCUCCCAGAAGAGACGCGCAUGUAUGAAGGAGUGGGUCGAAUGUUUAUUCUACAACCUAAAAAGGUAAUCCAUAGUCAACUUGUAGAGAAGCAGAAAGGUGCAGAUGAGAAAAUCAAAGAACUAGAGCAACGCAAGACAUAUCUUGAGCGCAGUGUGAAGGAUGCAGAGGAUAAUAUCCGGGAGAUGCUGAUGGCCAGGAGGUCGCAGUGAACACACUUGGUCUCCUUUUGCUCUUCACACUUAUUUGUACAGCACUGUUGACCCACUCAUUAAAGAAAGUUCAUAUGCUU